CUCUCUUCCGAUCUCAAUCGAUUCAACCCUCUCACAGUUCCGGCCAACCGAACCCCUUCAAUUUUCCGGCGAUGGACGUGAGGCUAACGGAGGGGGCGAUACUGAAGAUCACGACGGAAGACCAUGACGAGCAGUAUAGGCCCAUCCUGCAAGUGCUCGACGUGAAGCAGAUCCUCGCACAGAGCGGCGGCGGCGGCGCGGACAAAGAGCGCUACAGGCUGGCCUUGUCCGAUGGGUCCCACACCCAGCAGGGGAUGAUUUCCACUCAGCAGAACUUCCUGAUUCAGCAGGGCCACCUCCAGAAGGGCUUCGUCGUCUGCCUCAACCAAUACACCUGCACGCCCGUCCGAGGCCGCCAGAUCAUCAUUAUAAUCUCAUUGGAUGUGCUAGUUAAUACAUGUGAAAUCAUUGGACAGCCUGCCACAUUUUCGAAUGCACAGUCCCCAGCUACAAUACCUGGAAAUGCCCAAUCUCUUAACAGCAGUGCUCGUGUGGCGGGUCAUGAAACUGUGACUGAGGCAACUCCCCAACAACCUAGAUUGAAUCAAUCGUAUGGUGGUUCUUAUUCUGGUGGUGCUGACCCAGGAAGAUAUGCUACAAUGAGUACAGUUCCCAAUCACCCUAGACCAGAGACUGGUUCUGGUUUUGCUGGGUUAGCACCAGUAAGUGGGUCAUAUGCUGGUCAGAACACAGGUUUACGCAGCCCCAUAUCCCAGGUUCCACCUCCACUUCAAAAUUCUUAUGCCCGCCCACCUCAGCCGACUUAUCAACAGUCACACUCAAAUUCUUAUGCCCGCCCACCUCAGCCGACUUAUCAACAGUCACAAUUAAUUCAAUCAAAACUUGGAAACUAA